GCGAAUCGGAAAUCACUGUGGCACAUUACUGCGUAUCUUCCAACAGAGUUGACUCUAAAUUCUUGGCGACCUUCGUGAUUUCAUUUAGGAGAGAAAAAUCAUGUCUUCUUUUUCACAAACCCAAAGAAGAGGAUGUUCGGAAAUCCUAGAAUCAUUAAAUUGCGAUAAUUUGCUUCGACUGAAGAACACUGUCUGUGGAAAGUUUACUAAAGAUGAGCUCAUUCGUAUCAUUCUGAACCACAGCCAAAGUGCAGAAGAGCUCCUGAAACGCAGGAAGGUUCGACGUGAGGAUAUAUUGAAGUACCUGAUUAAACAAGGUUUCAAGCUUCCUCCAUCGUCAGACAAAGAGCAACUUAUUACUGAAGCUUUGGGGUAUUGGAGUAGAUCAGAACAGAAUAGCGAGCCAUCAACAGCUGAAACAGAUCUGCAAUUUCUGCACCAAACACAGAAUAUUUCACAGCUUAAAGAAAUGAGUACGAGAUCCAAAGCCAAAGAUGAGAAAGACUCUGACUGGAACGGAGGAAAGACGAAAGGUGAUUCCAAACAAACGGAAUUAAUUUACGAGGUUAUGACGAAGUGUCUGGAGGAAAAGUUCGAGGAACAAUGGCAAAAAUUAUCUGAACGUUUAUCUGCUCAAUUUGAACAACAUCGCCAAAGCCUUAUUGAAGAUUUAAAAUCAAUCACAGAAUCUUUGAAAUCCCUGGAUUGUGAAGCUCAAAAACACGAUGGUAAAAUUUCUGAACUGGAUACUAAAUCUCAGAAGACGGAUACAAAAGUUGAGAACUUAGAGAAGAAUUUAGCUUUGACUACUAAACAACUGUAACACUUUAAAUCCAAAGUUAUCGAUCUUGAAAAUUGAUCGAGAAGACAAAACUUACAUUUAAUUGGUUUACCCGAGGACGUUGAGGUUGAAGACCCUGCAAUAUUCUUUGCUCAACUUUUAAAGGAUACGUUCAGUUCAGUUUUUCCCAACAAUCCUCCAUUACUUGACCGCGCCCAUUGUAUACCGUGGAUAAAGUUGGCAUCGGCUGUAUCCAAACCCAGACCAGUUAUUCUUCGUUUCCAUUAUGUCAAUGUUAAAGAACAGGUUCUCCAGACUGCUUGUCGACAAGGGAUGAUCAAGUAUCGCCAGUAUUCCUUCAGGAUAGUUGAAGAUUAUAGUCCCGAAGUGAUGAAGGAGCGACUGACUUUUAAAACCUCUAAUGUCGGAAUGCUAUCAAAAAAAUCUCAAACCGGCAUUAUUGUAUCCUGCAUGUCUCAGAAUCUCUCUUUCUGAUGGAUCUUGUCGUGUCUUCAAUUCCAUAACCGCCGCUCGAAGCUUUUUGGAUGAUAAUUACCCAUCUGACACAGACAUCCUCUCUUAAUUAAUGUCCAGUGCUUUUAGCACCAACUUUUUUCUCUGGUGUUUUUCUUUAAAAAUAAACCUUCUACCACCGUACGAUGAAGGUUUUUUAUAAGCUCAAGAUUUUUGUUCUCUCCUUAUUACUAUAGUUAUUACUCUAUAACCUAUAUAGAAUACUUAUUUCUUGUGAAUAACAUCAUUUUCUUUUAGUUAACUUUUUCUUUAACUUUUUGUUUUUCAUUAUUAAUAUUAACGAUUUGAUCUGACGAUCAUUUUUAGUUAUAUGUUUCCUAUUUUUGGUUUCCGUAUAAUUAAAAUGGCGAUUUGUCUUUCUUUUUGCAUAACCUUUUUUUUUGGGACGCCAUGUUCUCAUGUUUCUUCUUCCCAUAAUCCUUUUUCUUUUUUGGAAGCGAUUUUUUACUUACUCGUUUAUAUUUAACUAAUUAUAUGUAUUGACAUUAAAUUUUUUUUAUUUUAUAUAUUUUAGCAAUUAUACUAUGUAGACUAUUUUACUAUAGUGUUUAUUUUUUAUAUAUAUCAGUCUCUGGGGGGUCACCUAUUUAACAUAUAUUUUUGGAGUUGCCUCCUGUCGAAAUGGGGUUAGAGUUAGUUUUAGUUAGUGCUUUUUUCAGCCUUCUCUGGCUUAGUUUGUGGUUCUUGGGGUUGGUGGGUGGGGUAGUCUUUUUCUUUUUUAAUUUUUUCUAUUGGGCUGUGUGACAAGAAUACACAUAAAAUUAAGAUGUUUGCUGGCCUAGGUUAGCAUCAGUGACAUCAGCAAGUGGUCUGCCACCUGCCCUCAGGGGAAGGAGAGAUAAGGAACAAUGGAGCAGCGUCUGGAGAUGUGUAAUGAAGGGACGUGGGAGAGAGAGCUGUCUGGAGCGGCUCCCCCCUUUGAACCUUGAACUGUUUGAAGUGAUGGACAGGCGAUACCCCAGCAGGGGGAUAAAAAGGGACCGGUUCGCUAAGGCAGGACACACACGCCACCCGAGGUAACGAGACCCUGGAUGCGGUACGCUUCUCACGAGUCGGUGGGAAGUACCAGACAACGGCCAGGGUGGAAAGGUACGAUCAGCGGGAACCCGGUGUGUGUCCGCCCUUGCCUGGGUGCCGGGUUCACUGCAGAGGAUCGACCGCAUCUGGAGGAGGGGUCACAGUCGGUGACCUCAGGUGACAUCACCAAGGACCCGCCCAAAAGCUGCUUGUGAGCCAUCUCGCCGGUCUGUGAGUGAAGCCGUGUCUGAAUGAUCAGUUGUUCCUGUUCCCUCUCUCUCUUCCCCCACGUUGUCCAUCGCCAUGGCAACGAUUACUGCGAACUGAACUACUAAACUGGACUGAACUUUGAGUCACUUUGAAAUUUGGUCAUUUACCCCUAGACAACGAUAGAGCUUGAUUGAUGCUGUUACCUUAAUUCUGUGCACAUGUGUGUUUAUCAUCGCUGAACUGUUGCAUUUAUUAUCCUUUCGAUUACUGUGUUGCUUGUUUCUUUAAUAAAACUUUCUUAGUUCUAGUACUCCAGACUCCAACUGAGUGAUCCAUUUCUGCUGGUUUGGCAACCCAGUUACGGGGUACGUAACAGCUGAUUUAGAACUACAAAGAUGUCGGCAGUGUCGAGAUUUCCGGUUCCUCUCUGAUCAUGUAUUCCUCUUCCGAUUUCAUGAGUUCACAUUAUGGUUAACCCUUUACUUACCAAAGGGUUAAUUUUAAAUAAUGGCUCAUACUAUUAAUUUUGUCUCUUGGAAUACAAAUGGUUUAAACCAUCCAAUAAAACGGGAAAAGAUUUUCAAAGUGUUCCAAAGACAGAAUGCUCAUAUUAUUUUUGUACAAGAGACUCACGUAAGGAAAGAGGAUAAUCAACGCUUCUUUAAGUUUUGGAAAGCACAACAAUACCAUUGAAAUGCUCAAGCCAAAAUUAAAGGCCUUUCAAUUUUUAUAGAUCCCUCAAUUACAUUUAUUCAUCAAGACAUUAUCUCAGAUCCUAAUGGCAGAUUUCUGUUAAUUACUGGGGUACUUUUUUAAUAAAAAGGUUGCUUAGAAAUUUUCUAAGUACUAUACUUCCUUCCUUUCCAAUGCUUCCUCCUAUAUAUAUUUUAGAUUCGAUAAUUAACCUUAAUCCAUGUCAGAAAGGUGCAUCGGCUAUGAUUUAUAAUAUUAUUAUGAAACUCAGGAAAGCUCCAUUUGAUAAGAUUAGGGUAGAUUGGGAACAGGAAUUGGGGCUUACCAUUUCUGUGGAUGAUUGGGGGCAGAUUUUACAAUUAGUUAAUACUUCCUCUAUUUGUGCUAAACAUUCCCUAAUUCAAUUUAAAGUGGUGCAUAGAGCACAUAUGUCCAAAGAUAAGUUAGCGCGUUUUUACUCGCAUAUUAAUCCUUUCUGUGAUAGAUGUUCGGGGCAGAUAGCCUCUUUAACUCAUAUGUUUUGGUCUUGCCCUACUUUGGAAACUUUUUGGAGAGAUAUUUUCAAUAUUAUUUCUAAGGUAUUAAAUAUAGAUAUCUCUCCUCACCCUAUUACUGCUAUCUUUGGACUACCUAAAAUUUCUAGUAAUCUUUCCCCUUCAGCCCGUAGAAUGAUUGCAUUUCUUACUUUAAUGGCGAAAAGAUGUAUUUUACAACAUUGGAAAGAGCUUAAUGCUCCAACUACCUUUUUUUGGUUUUCUCAGACGAUUUUAUGUUUGAAUCUGGAGAAAAUUAGAAGUAACCUUCAUGAUUCUUCAUUUAAAUUUGAACAGAUUUGGGGACCUUUUAUUCGAUAUUUUCAUUUAAUGUAAUAUUUACCCUUCUUGUUUUUUUUUCACUGUUUUAAUGGAGGUCGGGAUUGAGGACGUGAUUUUAAGUUUAACUCUGUUUGGUUUCAAGUUAGCCCAUUGCUUUGCUUUGCUUUUAGUUAGUUGCACGGUGGGUUUUUUUUUGGGGGUUUUUUUUUUCUUUUUUUCUAUUGAUAUAUAUAAAAUCUAGUAUACUAUUAUGUUAUUUUGGUUUCUUAUGCUUAAAUUACAUUGUUUGUAGUAUUUUCUUUUUGGUAUUGUUAUCUUUUGGAAUUUUAUUAUACUUUAACAUUGUAUUAAUGUUUAU